AAAUAUCAUAUAAAAUGAAGUGUAAAUAAAUAAAUAAAUAAAUAAAUAAAAGGCACUAGCUUGAAGGAGAGAGAGAAGAGAAAAGGAGAGGCUCGUCCUUAUUCAAAAUAAGUAAUUCCAACAUCUCAGCGCUUAUUAUUAGAACACCUCCCUCUCCUUCUUCAUCUCAUCUCUCUUUCUCUCUUUGCUGCUGCUACUGCUACUAUUACUCCUUUUAUCAGCAUCAUCAUCGUCAUCGUCAUGGUCGCCAAGAAAUCUAGGGUUCUCAUCGUCGGCGCUGGCAUGGCGGGACUCACCACAGCCCACCGCCUCUACACCACCGCCCCUGACCUCUUCGACCUCACUAUCGUAGACGCCAACCACCGGAUCGGAGGUCGGAUUUUCACCUCUGAGUUUGCCGGUGACCGCGUUGAGAUGGGUGCUACUUGGAUCCACGGCAUUGGUGGUAGUCCCGUCUACGACAUCGCCUGCAAGAUCCACGCCCUUGACGACCCUAAGCCAUGGGAGCGCAUGGAUGGCUACCCAGAUGAUGCUGUCACCGUUGGUGAAGGCGGCGUCGUGCUUGACCCAGCGAUGGUGAGCUCCAUCUCCACUCUUUAUCGAACCCUUAUGGACACCGCUAAGGACGGAGGGCUUCCCGCCUCUGCCGGACCCAGCGUGGGAUCCUUUCUCCGGCGAGGGCUCCAAGCGUACCGUGGUUCCAAUCGCGGAGACGUCGCAGCGGAAGCGGUGGAGGACGCGGUGUUCGCGAUGAACGAGAACACAGAACGGACCUACACGUCGGCGGAUGACCUCGAGAAGCUGAACCUCGCGGCGGAGAGUGAGUACCGUGAGUUCCCCGGCGAGCAGAUCACGAUCGCUAAAGGGUACUCUCGGGUGAUCGAGCACCUGGCAUCGGUGUUGCCGGCGGGGACGAUCCGGCUGGGGAGAAAGGUGGAGAGGAUCGAGUGGUCACCGGACGGCGGGGGGACGACGGCGGAGCAGCCGGUGAAGGUGGUGCUUGAGGAUGGGUCGGAGAUGGCGGUGGAUCACGUGGUGGUGACGGUAUCGCUUGGGGUUUUGAAAGCGAAAGGAGGGAUGGAGUUCAAUCCCAGCCUUCCGUUGUUCAAAAGGGAGGCGAUCGGACGGCUGGGGUUUGGCGUGGUGAACAAGUUGUUCGUAGAGGUAGAGGAAGGGGAAGUGAUGCCGUCGAUGGAGAUGGCGUUUGAGAAGGAGAAGAAGAAGAAGAAGGAGGAGGAUGAAGAAGGGGGGAUGAGACACGUGGCGAAGAUCCCAUGGUGGAUGAGACGGACGGCGUCGAUUUGUCCGAUUUACAACGGGUCGAGAGUGGGGUUGGCGUGGUUUGCAGGGAAGGAAGCGAUGGAGCUGGAGAAGCUCAGUGAUGAAGAGAUAAAAAGUGGGGUCCAGGACACGUUGGAUGGGUUUAAAAUGGACCGGCGGAGCAGUGUAAUCGAGAGGGUGAAGAGGAGUGGGUGGGGAAGUGAUCCUUUGUUUAGGGGUUCAUAUAGCUACGUGACCGUUGGAUCAAGUGGGGAUGAUCUGGAUUUGAUGGCGGAGCCGGUGCCGGUGAACGGCGGAGGUGAAGCCACGGGGAGAGUGGGACCGGCGUUGCAGAUAUUGUUUGCUGGGGAGGCCACACAUAGAACACACUACUCAACCACACAUGGAGCGUACUUUAGUGGGAUCAGAGAGGCUAAUAGAUUGAUCCAGCGUUACAGUAACUAGUGACUAGUGAGAGACAAAGACAAAUGAGAUGAUGGAGACUGCUGCUGCUGUUUCAUGAUAAUGUGAUAAAAUGGGGGUGAUUGUGCAUGCAAAACGAGGUUUUUAUUAUUGAUUUCCUUUUUCUUUUUUUAGAA